UUAGAUAAUAAUGGAGUAAACAAAUUUAAAUAAAACAUUGCAAGUAUGGACAGAUACGUAAUCACUGGUAAAAUUGGAGAAGGUGCUCAAGGGGUUGUUUUAAAAGCAUAUGAUACAGAAACAGAAAAUAAUGUUGCACUGAAGAAGUUAUUCUUAAAAAAUAUUGAAAAUGGCAUAUCAACAUCCAUUAUUCGAGAAAUAAAAAUUUUACAACAAUUAAAACAUGUUAAUGUUAUAGAAUUACUGAAUGCUUUUCCUACUGGUCUAGAGUUUGUAAUGGUUUUUGAAUAUAUGCCUACAGGUUUAUGGGAGAUAAUAAGAGACAAUGAAAUUUCAUUGACCUCAAGUCAAGUGAAAACUUAUACGAAAAUGAUUUUAGAGGGUAUUGCAUAUAUACAUGGAAAAGAUAUAAUACAUAGGGAUUUAAAGCCAGCUAAUUUGUUAAUAAAUGAUAAAGGCAUUCUGAAAAUUGCUGAUUUUGGUUUAGGAAGAUUAGCAUGGAAAAAUAUAUCAAAACCAUAUUCUCAUCAAAUUGCUACUAGAUGGUACAGAGCACCUGAAUUAUUAUAUGGGGCUAGGUAUUAUACAUCUGCAAUUGAUAUGUGGUCUGUUGGUUGCAUUUUUGGUGAAUUACUUAACAAAUCACCAUUAUUUCCAGGAGAAACAGAUAUUGAACAACUAGCAAUGGUUUUAAAGCAUCUGGGAUCACCUACAUCAGAAACAUGGCCAGAAUUAAAUUUGUUACCUGACUAUAAUAAAAUUACAUUCCCAUAUCACAAAGGCGUAACAUGGGAAAGUACCAUAGAAGAUGCUGAACCAGAAGCUAUUGAUCUUAUUAGUAAAAUUCUUAUUUAUAAUUCAUCGAAACGUUUAACUGCUGGUGAAGCACUAAAUCAUGUGUAUUUUCAUGUUAAACCUUACAUUUCUUUAGAAAAUUUAAUAAAACCAUCAAGUAAUCAUCGUAAUCAAAUAAAACAAAAAGAAAUCAAUGUAAAUGUACAAGUUACUGCGCUUUUUAAAAAGUUAUUGACAAUUGUAUAAUGUAUAUUAAAGCAGUUUAUGAUAAACCUACUAUAAUAUUAA